AUGGAUCCCAUGGAGAGAAUGUCCACUUCAGGGGGCCGCGUACCGGCCAACUUCGAUGCGCAGGAUGCCCAAAAUAUGGAGGAUAUGGAGAAGCAAUUCGCUGUCAAAGUUGUCCAGCACAUGCAAACCUAUUGGUCGAUCCUAGAAAAGGUCAAGGGCUCGACUCUGCGUUUGACAAAGAUUGACGAUGAAAUCUAUGACCAUCUCAAAGAGGCAUUUCCUGAAUUCGACCCUGCCGCUACGGUCGACGAAGAUGAGAUGAAAAGCAAGGACGGCAAGGAACGCUGGAGGAACUUCAUGAUGGCCUACGAAAAGAAGAUUGACGACUAUAACUUUGGAACCAUGGUGCGCAAUAAUGCCAAGGCCGAAUAUGAGGAAGACACUACCAUUUUUGGUGAGGACGCACCAAUCGUUUUCGCUCACCUUAGAGUUCCGCGAAUGCAGUUCUACGCUAUCGAGAUUGCAAGAAACAAAAACGGCCUGAACGACUGGAUUUUUGAGCAGGCUCAACGACAGAAGGCUAAAUCGAAGUAA